AUGAACGGGAGCGAUGCCUCGGGAUCUGCCACCGCAGCAGCCGCAGGUGAUACACCUGUACCGCCUGCCACGUCACCGGGGACCGACAGGCGCACUGUAGCGCUGGGUGCGCUGGCGGUGCUGCCCGACGAGGUGAUCGACAACAUUAUCGGACGGCUGGGAACCAAGGAUCUCAUGGCCGCCGCUUGCGUCAGCAGGCAAGUCCCUUUCUCCGGCCGUCGUCAACCCCCCGUGCUGUACGUGUUCUGCAUGGAGGAGCCGACGUGGCUGGCGGCGUGCUUCCGCGAGUACAAGGGCGAGGUGCUGCGCUUCGACCGCUCGUGGCGCCAGACCGUCCUCAAUAAGCUAUCGGAGGAGAAGGGAGUGGAGCGCCGAGAUCUCAAGGAACCGCUUCACUUCAAAGAUUUCCAGUCCAUGUUUCUGUACCGGCGGUGGUACCGCUGCCACGUGAAGCUGGAGGCGUUCGAGGGCGACACGGGCCACGUGGAGCGCCGCGCUGGCCUCUCCCCGGAGGAGUUCCGCCUCUCAUACGACGGCCGCCGACCCGUGAUCAUGACGGACCUGACGGAGAACUGGAGGAGGGCCACGUCACAGUGGAGCAUUGACAGCCUGGCGGAGGAUCACGGUGACGUGGCGCUGAAGGUGUCGGUGGCCAAUGGGCACACGGUGCGCAUGAAGCUGAGCGACUACCGUGAAUACGUGGCGGCCCAGCAUGAUGAGGAACCGCUCUACAUCUUCGACCCCAAGUUCGGAGAGCAAGCACCAGCACUGGUAGCAGACUACUCAGUGCCGCCGCACUUCAAGGAGGACGUGUUCGCCGCCAUGCCCGCCCUGCAGCGCCCCAUGUACCGCUGGCUCGUCGCUGGCCCGCAGCGCUCGGGCGCGGGGUGGCACGUGGACCCUGCGCUUACUAGCGCCUGGAACACGCUGCUCGCCGGGCGCAAACGAUGGGCGCUCUACCCGCCCGGGAAGGUGCCGCCAGGUGUCACGCUGCGAGUGGAUGAUGACUCGGGCGAUGUGGAUUAUGAUGGGCCCACGUCGCUCAAGAGGCCAGGCCCAUGGGGGUGGCGCAGCACUGACGCCGUGUUCCAGGCGCCUCAACAACCCUGCUCCUCCCCCACUCGCACCACCCCUCCCCUUUUCCCCCUGCCAUUUCCAGUGGUGGCUAGAGUGGUGGCUGGAGGUAUACCCUCUCCUGCGCCCGGUGGACAAGCCCACGGAGGUGAUGCAGCGCUGAGGCCUUGCCUGUGGCGCCUCAACAACCGUGUCCUCCCCCCUCUUUCACCCCCCCUCCUCCCCUCCUCUCCCUCCCCCCUGCAGUGGUGGCUGGAGGUGUACCCUCUCCUGCGCCCGGAGGACAAGCCCACGGAGGUGAUGCAGCGGCCAGGAGAGACGAUCUACGUGCCGUCGGGGUGGUGGCACAGCGUGCUCAACCUGGACCUCACCGUCGCCGUCACGCAGAACUUCGCCUCCUCCGCCAACUUUGAUUGUGUGUGCCUUGACAUGGUGCCCGGUAGGCAUAGGGGUGUGGCGCGCGCUGGGAGGCUUGCGAUCGAGGCGGGGGAGAAGUGGGACGAGCGACUCAAGGCGAUGUAUGGGGAAGGGGAGGAGGAGGAGGAGGAGGAGGAGGAUGAGUGGGAGGAGAUGGAGGAUGGUGAGGAGGUGGAUGGGAGUGAGGAAGGGGAAGGGGAAGGGGAGGGGGAGGGGGAGGGGGAAGAAGGGGAGAGCGAGGGGGAGGAGGGGGAGGGGGGCACGUGGAAUGGCAUGCAGGGGCGGCUGUCAGCGCUGGCAGCGCAGCAGUUUCUGAGCGAGGGGGGCAACGAGGGGUGGUCCAUACCUGAGAUCCGCAUCCUGCUGCGCUCGCUCUGGCCCGCCCAGCCCAACCUUCAGGACCGUAUUUGGAAGAACGCGUGUCUGUGCAUGGAUGCUGCCACGUGGCACAGGCGUGUGGUCACAGUGUGCCAGGCACACGGUCUGCCCGCACCCAAGGGCCUGGACGCCCUCCCCCUCGGCUCCGGAUCCAACGCUGUGUACAUGGUGGGGCAGCACGUGGUGAAGCUCUAUCUCCCCAUGGGCUCUGAUGACGAGUCUGCCACCACCUUCCUCGCCAAAGAGCUGGCGUUCUACCGCCAGCUCCACGCGUCCCAGUCGCCCCUGCUGCCCUGCAUUCCGCCCCUCGUGGCCUCGGGCCUGCUCUUCUCGUCAGGGGUUGUGGACCAGAGCGAGGAGGAGGGGGAGGCGAAGGGGCGGGGACGGAAGGACGGGGCGGGGGCAAAGAAAGACGCGCAGGCGAAUGGGGUGGGGAGCAAUGGGCGGAGUGCAGAGGGCGAGGGUGGAGAGGCGGGGGCGGAAGGGGCGGAAGGAGAGAAGAGGCAGGAGGGGUACCCGUUUGAAGUAAGUGUGGCGCCACAGGAGGAACAGCUAGUAGCGGCAGAGUGGGACGGACUGACAGAGCACCGGCCUGUCAACCCGUUUGAGGAGACGCAGGAGGCUGUGGGGCGAGGGCGAGUGGGGAAGAAGGGGAAGAGCGGCAAGGGGAAGGAGGAGGGGAGGGAUAGGCGGACCCCGGCGUAUAGACGGCGCGCCAAGAAGAAGGCGGAGGAGAGGAGAAGGCGCAGGGAGCUGGCUAAAGGGAAGAAAGGGAAGGGCGGUGGGGUGGGGGUGGGGGUGGGAGAGAAGGGGGAAGCAGAGCAAGAGGAAGGAGAGGAGUAUGAUGAGGAGGAGGAGGAGGAGGAGGAGGAAGAGGAUGAGGAGGAGGGAGUGUGGCCGUACAUCAUUGUGGGGCUCUGUCCUGGGUGGCAGCUGGAUGCUGUGGCGGAUCUAGCAACGCCAGCGGACAGGCAGGCUCUGGCGGACUUCUUUGCCACGUGCCUCUCCCACCUGCACUCGCUGCCGCUGCCCGCCUCACCUCUCUCCCCCGCGCCCCGCAAGGCCAAGAGCAAGAGCAAGGAGGAGAAGGCAGGGGCGGAGGGCGCAGCAGGGGAGGCGGUUAAAGCGAAUGGGACUGCAAAGGAGGGGGUGGGGAAUGGGGCGGUGGAGAGCGGUGGGACGGGGGAGGAGGAGGUGGAGGAGGUGGUGGUGAGUGAGGAGUGGAGGCCGUUUGCAGAGCUGGUGCGCGAGCACAGAAAGUACAUCAAGGAGCGACUGGAAGGCAUGGGCAGCCUCCCCCCGCACCUGGUGAAGCAGGCAGUGGCGUAUCUGCCCAAUGACCCCGCUCUGCUCUUCCAAGGCCUUGAGCGCCCGUCAUGGCUGCACACGGACAUCAUGAGUGACAACGUGCUGCUCGCUGCCGCCUCGCCUGCCGCCACGCCUCUCAUCGAGGAGUACGUGGCGCGCGGGGAGGAUGGCGCGGGGAAGAGCAACGGCGAGAAGCCAGGCGCAGGAGAGGGGGGUGGAGAGAAGGAGGUGACAGCGGAGGGGGAGCGGGUGCUGCAGCCGUCUUCCAUCAUCGACUUUGGCACCCUCAUUCUCGGUGACCCGCUGUACGACCUGGUGAUGCUGCAUGUGAGUGCACAGCGCUGCAACAAGGCCGACCUCGCCAGGCUGCUCACCACCUACAAGCCGCCACGGCCAGCGCAAGGAGCCGGAGCAAACUUCACCCAGUCCUAUCGUGCCAUGUGCUACACUCUGCUGAACCAGAACGAUGCGCUCAGCCGUGUGUUCCGCUAUCGCAAGGAGCUCUCGGAUGUGAAGACCUUGGAGGAAAUCGCCACAGCAGUGUGGGGCCAGCUGGAUGAGCUGGUUUAG